CACUGACGCUUACUUGACUCGAGUGAAAAGUGCGAGGAGAUUUUCCCAGCCCCUAUGUUCCUCACCGCAAUCAUCAUCGUCUCAUCUGCCCCUGCAUAUCAAUCAUCGCAUCUUUAAUUCCCAAUUCCAUGUCUGAUCCGCACGGAUCUAAGCCCGGCCGUCGCGGCGGCGGCGGUGGAUGCACCAAUUUAGCUUCGUGCAAAGCCGCCGCCGUUUUCCUGUUUGUCGUCGUCGCCGGCAUCGGCGCAGUCUUCUACUUCUUCUACAGGCCUAAAUCACCCCGAAUCGCGGUCGAAAACGUGAAGUUAUCCGACUUUUCAAUUUCAAACGGCACCGUCAAUUUCACCUUCUUCCAGUACGGCUCCGUCACCAACCCCAACCGCUACGAGUUCACUCACUACGACAGCACCAUACAGCUUAGCUACUUCGAUCAGCCGGUAGGUAUCACCUUCAUUCCGUCCGGGAAGAUUGACGGCGGGCAGACCCAGAAAAUGGCGGCCAAGCUCAUUGUCCAAUCCUACCCCUUGCCCCCUUCCUUCUCGUCGUCGCCGCAGCUGGUGUUAGAGACUAGAAUGAAACUGGUGGGGAGGGUUAGAGUGCUGAAGGUGUUCACACAUAGCGUGGGAAGCAAUGCCAGAUGUUGGGUGUUGAUUCAAGUUUCCCCAGGGCCUGUAUAUUUUCAUUGCUGAUAAUUGGUGGCUGCUGCCACUCCGGCCACCGCUGCGGCAGCGUUUAUGUCUUUUCUUACAGGAAUCCCCCAUAAACCGGAAACAGAAGGGGCUUAAUUAAUGUAUUUUCUCCCAUAUAGAGCUAAUCUAUAAAUAUUAGGAGCAGAUAGCAGGUGAUGUAAGAUUUGCACAAGUGUUCAUCAUCUCAUUUUGUGUUGCAUAAUUGCAACCCUACCCAUUACCAGAGAGAUUGAGCUAAGAAUUUCAACUCUAUUAUAAUCUGAUUAGCUUUACAAUUUCUUCUUUAUAUUACUCGUAAUGUUUUAA